AAGUCCCAUCUGCCCCCACUUCGUGCCCCAGGUCAUGCUGGUGGGGGACUCGGGCGUGGGGAAGACCUGCGUACUGGUGCGCUUCAAGGAUGGGGCUUUCCUGGCAGGAACCUUCAUCUCCACCGUGGGCAUCGACUUCCGGAACAAAGUUCUGGAUGUGGAUGGCACGAAGGUGAAGCUGCAGAUCUGGGACACAGCCGGCCAGGAGCGGUUCCGCAGUGUCACACACGCUUACUACCGCGACGCUCAUGCACUGCUGUUGCUCUAUGAUGUCACCAACAAGGCCUCCUUUGACAGCAUCCAGGCCUGGCUGGCAGAGAUCCAAGAGUACGCCCAGCACGACGUGGUGCUCAUGCUGCUGGGGAACAAGGUGGACUCUGCUCAGGAGCGUGUGGUGAAGAGGGAGGAUGGGGAGAAACUGGCUAAGGAGUAUGGGCUACCAUUCAUGGAGACCAGCGCCAAGACGGGCCUUAACGUGGACUUGGCCUUCACAGCCAUAGCAAAGGAGCUGAAGCAGCGCUCCACGAAGGCCCCCAGCGAGCAUCGCUUUCGGCUGCACGACUAUGUCAGGAGGGAGGGCCGGGGGGCCUCCUGCUGCAGACCCUGAACCUGGCUGGGCACGGCCACUGGGGUAUCCUCCUGGAAGGCUGGACAGAGUCUACAUGUCCCUGAUGUCAUCACCCAGCAGUCAACCCCAGGGUGUCUGUUUCUAACAAGUCCACAUCUGGGCAGCCAUCUAGACCCUUGGUCCCAAUAAAUGGGCCUCAGGAAGCCAAAGGGUCCACAGGCCUCCUUCACCUUCUCCUGCUUGAAGGCUCUCACAGAAAAGCAACCAUCUUCUGCACCAGAUGGGCCCCUACAGUGUAUAGACUGCCGGGUGCCUCCCACCAUGGCACUCUGCUGCCCCCUCCUGGGCACGCCCAGCUCUGAGGAGCAUGCAUCCAGUGCCUAAUUGCCUAGAAAGCCAUGUCUUCUGCUGCAUAUGCUGCCCAGGAAGGAAAAAGCCUAAUUCCUGUCCAUGCCUGGGGCAGCGGGCCUCACUGCAAAUCACAUCAUGCAUCUGUGCUCCAAGGACCAGAGCGGCCUGCUCAUGGCCCACCCACUAGGAGGCCCCGGCUGCCAACAGGGUCUUUCACAUUACCUUGGAGGAUGCCAAGGCUGUGGCUUUGUAAUGCAGUGAAUUGCAUGUGGGAAGUCACAGAAAUGUCAGGGAAACUAGGACUGCCAGCCUUCACCUGCUGCCCAGGGUACCGUACUGGGCCCGGCCCACAGCUGAGGCCAGUGCUUGCUGUGGUCAAGCCAGGGGGUGGGCAAGGAGCUCCACCUCGUACUAAAAUCUUCAAGUCAGUCUUCUGAGAGCUUUUGUUUCUGGUCCUAGUGAAUAAAGUUGUGUCCAGUGGAGUGCCUGCCUUGUCCAUUGAAAUAAAGCGACUGCUCAGGUCCUGUUAGUUCAUGGCCCACCCCCAGGGCAAAGGCACAAAAAUUUAUUUUUUGGCCUCAGACAAAAAUAAAGAAGGCCCUUCAAAUAGGUGGGAAGUCACUGGUAUGAACUUCCAUCUUCAUGCCUCUACCCCUUACUGAGGACUGCCCAGAGAAAGCCAGUCAUCCCAAGGAGCCCUCUGGGAUGCAAACAGGUGUGAAAAUAAAGACACAUGUGCUCUGAUCAA